AUGCCAAUGUCAUUGCCUAAGUUUUCAAUUGGGCACAUGAUUACGUCGACUAAGCUAACUAGACGUGUGAUUCUUGCGUCGCAAUGGAAAGCAUUGGCUUCGACCGACUACUUGCCCUCCUCUUUUCUGGGCUUUCUAUUUGGGAGCUUGUCCUUAAGAAGCUUUCAGCCACCAGUAAUUGUCAUGUUGUCCUUUACCUCUGAAAUGCGGAAGAGAACAUGGCUAGUCAGGAAGAAGGACGGUUCGUUCCGCUUAUGCGUGGACUACCGAGUUCUGAACGAAGCGACGAUCAAGGACCCAUUCCCUCUACCAAGAAUCGAAGUAUUAUUGGCAAAGAUAGGGAACUCGGCCGUCUUUUCCUCACUCGACCUUCACUCCGGCUACCACCAAAUCCCGGUCAAGGAAGAAGACAUACCCAAGACGGCUUUUACAAUCCAUAACGGUAAAUACCAAUACCGAGUGAUGCCGUUUGGGUUAGUCAAUGCACCAUCUACGUUCUCAAGGUAUAUGGCAGACAUCUUCCGCGACCUUCCAUUCGUUCUUGUUUACCUGGAUGACAUAGUAGUCAUGUCAACGACAACCACGGAACAUAUCAGCCACCUAGAUACAGUUCUAAGCAGGCUCAAAGACCACCAAUUGAUAGCCAAAGAGAAAAAGUGUCAAUUCCUACAGAAGGGGAUUCGAUAG